ACAACAUUACGUCUGUGAUUAAGACUAGCCGCUGAAAAUGGCGUCUCUGUGGAAGUCUUUUUCCGUCCUCAGACCCAAAUUAUGGUCUUGUAAUCAACUAACAUGUCGCACCUUAGCAGUUUCAGCCAUUCCUAGGGCUGCUGCCAAUCCAACAGAAACGCGGAUUGAGGAAAUUAAAGAAAAAACAAUGGAUAUUACUACCAUUUCUGGUAUUCCUGAGGAGCACAUCAAGACCAGAAGAGUUCGCAUCUUCGUACCAACCAAGCAUGCUAUGCAGUCGGGUACUAACAACAUCCAUCGAUGGACCUUGGAGUUUGACACCAGAGAGAGGUGGGAGAACCCCCUGAUGGGAUGGACAUCCACGGCUGAUCCACUAUCCAAUGUUGAUGUCUCGUUUAGGACAAAGGAAGAAGCAAUCAGAUUUGCAGAAAAGAACGGGUGGCAAUAUGAGGUGGCCGAACCUCAGGUAUCCAAACCCAGGGCCAAGAGUUAUGGAGCCAACUUCUCAUGGGAUAAGAAAACAAGAGUUACUACGAAAUGAGUAUUUUGCAUUGUUGAAUUUAAGUAGUUUCAAUUGUUCCCUGGUUGUACAGUGCAUCACAAUAGUCAAGUUUACAGAAUAUGGUUUUUAUCACAAAUUGGCUAAAGGAGUACUUUUUUUUAUUAUCUGUACUGUUCUUUAUGCAAAUUUAUGAACUUGAUAAAGAAAAUCUUGACGCAAUGCUAUAUUUUGGAAUUUUGGGCAUAACAAGAUUGUGAAUUUAAUUUUUUAAAAGAGUUAUUUUUGUUCUCCACAUAAUAAAUUGAUCCAUAUGUUUAUUCUGAUUUGGAAAGUAUCAGUGAUUAAAAACACAGUUUCAUUCAAAGCUACAUGUACAAUAAACCAACGACGCCUUCAAUUUAUUUUCCUGAUUAUAUCCAUUAUCUACAAUAAGACGAUUGUUCUUCUUUUCUACCAAGAUAGAUAACCCCUAUUUAAAACAUACAUUUUCCUAUAACAUGCAUUGACAGUGGUGUUACUACCCAGCAGUCACCAUCUACCAUUUGUCUUGAAUAUAUUGCCCUUUAGGUCUUUGUUUAUUUUGUAAGGUUUUAAAAGUACCAAGUCUAAUUUUGAUUUAUGCUGAAUUUUUCAUUACAAGAAAACACUCUCCUCCUCUCCUCCAGAGAAUAGAAAAAAAAUGAUGAUGGCUUAUCAUCUUUUAAACCUAAUUGCUCCUGUUAAAGUCUGUCACCAUGCUUAAUUGGUUGAUUUCUGAAAAAUUUUAUCACAUACAUUCAUCUUUAAAGUCAUUAGUAUUUAAUUUUGUGGGAUUGCUCAAGCAAUCCAAAGUGAAUUUUAGUGAAGCACCUGAAUGAUUGGCUUGACCUUUAUCAUUGUAACAUAUAGUCUAUAUUAUGAAGUAUACAAGAUACAUAUGUACAAUUCUUUAUUGAUAAUAAAGUAUCUUGUGUAUUCAC